GUUUCAUUAGAGGAGGAGUUCCUGUUAAUCCAAACACAGACGAGAGCAAUAUUCACGGGUAGUUAUCGAUACCUGGACUAUUAUACAGCGUUGACUCUACCGGGAUGGCGGCUCAGAAGAUAAACGAAGCCCACGAACACAUAGCAAAAGCUGAAAAAUGCUUAAAGACGAGUCUGACCAAGUGGAAACCUGACUUUGACAGUGCGGCAUCAGAGUACGCCAAAGCAGCUGUUUGCUUCAAGAACGCAAAGCAAUAUGAGCAAGCUAAGGAUGCUUACCUGAAGGAGGCGGAGUACCACACGGAAAACAAGACACUGUUUCAUGCUGCAAAGGCUAUUGAGCAGGCCGGGAUGAUGAUGAAGGAGCAAAAGAAAAUGCCAGAGGCCAUUCAGUACAUAGAGAAAGCCUGUAUGAUGUACAUGGAGAAUGGGACCCCCGACACUGCUGCCAUGGCCUUGGACCGGGCUGGAAAACUCAUAGAGCCCUUAAAUCUGGAGAAAGCUGUUGAUCUGUACCAGAAGGCAGCAGGUGUUUUUGAGAACGAAGACCGUCUUCGUCAGGCAGUGGAGCUGCUGGGCAAAGCCUCCAGACUCCUUGUCAGGUUAAAAAGGCUGGAUGAAGCUGCAGUCGCCCUGCAGAAAGAGAAGAACAUGUACAAAGAGAUCGAGAACUUUCCCAUGUGUUUUAAGAAAACCACCGCUCAGGUGUUGGUCCAUCUUCACCGAGGCGACUUCGUGGCAGCGGAUAAAUGCGUGCGGGAAAGUUACAGUCUGCCGGGCUACAGCGGUAGUGAAGACUGCGUUGCCAUGGAGACGCUGUUGCAGGGAUACGAUGAGCAGGAUGAGGAUCAGGUCUAUCGAGUCUGCAACUCUCCUUUACUGAAGUACAUGGACAAUGAUUAUGCCAAACUGGCCAUUUCACUGAGGGUCCCCGGAGGAGGAGGAAAGAAGAAGAAGGCCGCCGCUUCACAAGGGGGCGCUGGCGGGGCGCCUGCAGCUGCAAAGGAUGAGGAGGAGGACGAGUACGAAGGCGGGUUGUGUUAACCUCAACCCAUACUGUCCAUCACCACUUGAACGUCGUCUGUGUUUUAAACCCUUUCAGCCCAAAACAGCGGCCUGUUGCAUCUUUAACAAGCUAAAAAAACAAGGGAAUAAUAAAAACCCAACGGUUUAAACAAGUGUUGCAGAAGAAUGAAUAUUAAGCCUUUAAGUUUUUGUUCAUUGAUCUGCCUGGUGUGUGAACAUGUUCUGUUAUGUGUCGUCUCAGUGGAGCUGUACAUUUAGCUGUUAUUGUUUGUGGGUAGAUUUCUAAACACCAGUUCCAAUCAUAAAUACUCUUAACUGCGAUUGGACCAGCGAGCUGGACUUUUAUUUGUACAGAGAUAAUUUAUUCAGUAUUCACUGCUGCUGGGAAUGAUACCGACUCUAUAUGCAAUCGGACUGGCAUUAAUGCAUGUUUGAAACAAAGAGAAAUUAUCAUGAAACAUCCAAAGUAACUAUUAAUAAUCUAGAACAACCCUGUUG